GGGAUCCACACCCGGAAGCGCUGCACGCUCUCCUCUCUCCCGCACUCGCCUCUCUGCCGCCUUCUCCUGGCACACAGGAGUUUCACUUCUUGCUCCUGGGUAACUUACCGACUCUAACCGUUCAGGUGUGAUUGUUUAGUGUCGGAAAAGAGGUGCCCGGUGACUUUUGUCAGGCGGCUGUUCAAACGUGAAGCCAGCAGCAGCGCGGGCACAGGGAGCAGUCCCCGCCGUCACUCAGUGACAUUGACAACAUCACUGUGGUGUACACAGUGACGUCCAGUCCUCCCAGCUUCAGCUACAAUGAGCGAAUACUUCAGCCUGUCCGACUGUGAUGUUAUCGGCUUCGACCUGGACCACACGCUCUGCCGAUACCACCUGAAGGAGACCUCCAGGCUGAUCUAUGAGAGCUUUGCCAGGUACCUAGUGGAGCAUAAAGGCUAUGACAAGGACCUGCUGAACCUAACCCCCGCUACCUGGGAUUUCUGUUUUAAAGGGCUAGUGGUGGAUCUGGAGGAUGGAAACCUUGUGAAGCUGGCUGAAGAUGGAACUGUCUUGCGAGCGACACAUGGAACCAAUGACCUCAGCACAGAAGAGCUCAUCAAACAUUACGGUCCAAAAAGGGAAUGGAAGCACUUCAACAGCCUCAAUACUUCCUUCACACGAUCAGCAAAAUACUACUUCUAUGACAACUACUUUGAUCUACCCGGGGCCCUCCUCUGUGGAAGAGUUGUGGACAUGUUGAACAAGCGAGGAACUGAGGUGAAUUCCGACUUUUGGAAAGACAUGGUUGCUGCUAUUGACCACAAUUACAACACAUCUGCAUUCAAGGAGGAUGCAGGGACGUACUUCCCCAGUGUGAAGAGGGACCCGGGCCGGUACCUGCAGCCCUGCUCUGACUCUGUGAAGGCCUGGCUGCGCAGCAUGAAGAGUGCUGGGAAGGUCCUGCUCCUCAUCACCAGCUCCCACAGCGACUACUGCAGGCUCAUCUGUGAACACAUCCUGGGGAAGGAUUUCGAAGAGCUAUUUGAUGUCAUCAUCACAAACGCCCUGAAGCCCGGUUUCUUCUCCUUGGUGCCCCAGCAGAGGCCCUUCAGGACCCUUGUGAACGACGUGGAGGAGAGCGAGGGACUGCCGUCGCUGGACAAACCCGGCUGGUACUCGCAGGGAAACUGGCCGCACCUCCACGAGUUGCUGAAGACCAUGACGGGGAAACCGGAGCCAAAGGUGGUGUAUUUUGGAGACAGCAUGAGGUCGGACAUGUUCCCCGCCAGCAGCUUUGGGAAGUGGGAGACAGUGAUGGUCGUGGAGGAAAUGGAGGGGGAGGGCGUCCAGAAGAGCGACGCGGCCAUGUCUAACGAGGCCCAAGUGGAGCCUCUGGAGAAAAAGGGCAAGUUUGAGGAGCAGGGCAUGAAGGCACCGUCUGCCGCCUCCGAGCAGUGGGGCUCGUACUUUGUCGACGUACAUAAAAGUGGAGGAGGGGACGAGGAGAGCCAGAAGCUGACCUGGUGCGGCCACUGCAUUCACAAAUACAGCGCCAUGGCCAUCCCCAGUGUGGAGCACAUAGCAGAUCUCCCUCUGGAUUACAAGUUCCCCAGGUUUUCUCCCAACAAGCCCUGCACCACCGGCUACUACCCCCGGCCCCCCGAUUCUCUGCUGAAGAGGUGCGAGAGCCUGUCGUAAAAAUAAUAAUAAUACAAAUAAAGUAGAAAGUCCUCCCUUACCCCUCUGCCUCAGGAGAGGAAUGUGCCUCCAUCUUUGCCUGUAGUUUGUCACCUGACCCCGCCCGCCAUCCGUGGAGCACAGGAAGCGUCCACUCGUCACCCGUUCAGAUAAAACCAUGUGAAUGUACGCCACAGUAUCUCUCUGUCAUAAUGCCUACAUCUGAACGUUGUUUCGUGGUUUAGUCAGUGUACCGUACACGUGGAAAUACAACAAGUGUGUGUGGAAGUGUGUGUGUGUGUGUGUUCAAACAGUAAUAAUAGGAAAUGUAGUGAUUUAUUGUUUCAUGUGUGAGGCCUCUUAAUUAUUUCAAUGGCCCUUCUAAUAGAGUGAACAUUUCUUUGACCCCUGAAGGGAUUACCUCACAAACUUACCCAGAAGGCCACAGUGUGUUUGUCCCUGAAGGUCCCUGUGGUAUCAUUGUGUCUGUAUUUUUCUGUAUCACACUCUCAUCUUAAAGUCUUCUUUUUUUACUGUUUACUUUACGGUGACCUUCAUGUGAGGUUCAAAGUGACAGUCCAGUAUUUUAGACCUGUGUUCAGAAGCUCAAAUCCUUGAGGAAGGCUGUAACGGCUGUCACAUAUUCUUUAAGGGAAAAGAUUCUGAUAUGCCCACUUGGGGCGCUGAGAGCCUAGCGGUUUUGUUGUGCGCCCUGUGUACAGAGGCUUUAGUCCCAGACCUUCAUCAGGCAAACUGUUUCUUAAAGGUGGAGUCUGUAGCUUGUAAACAAAACAUUCAAACUGGACCCCUCCUCCUGGGCUCAUUACCUCCAGAAACACACCCUCCCUGCAGCACGUGGUGCGUUACUGCUUGUACCUACACUGCAAGCAACGGUUUGGCAGCUGUCGUCCAACAGAAAGGAAACCUUGUUGGCUUUCGCAGACACGGAGCUAACACAAGGUUCAUCCUUGUUUUGGAACGAGCUUUAUCUACUGCUGAAUUCACCUGUGUGCUGUCAUUGGCUGGAGGAAACACCCCAGCUCCCAGUCCAGAAACGUCCUGAGUCAACCAGAACAAACUAAAACAGUAAAAUCCAGUCAGAGGUCAGAGUCUCUGCAGACACAGUCACCACCACACAUGUAGGCCUAUAAGUGAUGAUUGACAAAGCCACUGAUGCUUCCUUUACUGUCUUGCCUAUUUUAACAAACUGUUUGCCUGAUGAAGGUCUGGUACCGAAACAUUUCCAAUAGGACAGCGUGCAGGAGUUGACCGUUAAAUGUAAUUUAAAGGUAAAAUGACAAAGCUGCUGUUCCUUGUUUAAACGACUUUAUCCCCUUAACAAAAGGAUCUCUCUCUUAGGGUAUCCUUUUUUGUCAUUUCACCAGACACAUGUAAGAACACUUUGAGCCUGUCAGUGAUUAAAACAAGCCCCCAAGCUACGUUCAUGUUGCAGCUGUUACAACCUGUUUUAAGUCGGGCCCGACCAAUAUGUGAUUAAUGGGGCCGAUACCAAUCUUAGGGAGAGAAAUAAUCUGAUACUGAUAUAUUGGCUGAUGGUCUGAGGUUUUGGCAACAGCUGUUCUUGUCGGUGCAGUGGUUUGUGAUAUCUGCACUGAUUUCUUAGAUCUAUCUUCGAUCUGUAGAGAACAUACAUAUAUAUAUCUAUAUAUAUAUAUGUAUAGAUAUAUAUACAAAUUUAUGUUGAUACCUGAAAUGCAGUUAUCAAACUCUUGUGGAAAAGAAUGACAACAAGAUGGUCACUCGACUGGAAAGUAACUGUGCAUGAACGUUCAUCACUGCCUGACACUCUGGAGAGUGAUGAUGGUCGUGAUCCAUAUAGCGCCCUCUGCUGGUGAAAGACAAUUGCUAGUAAUAAACAAUGAUACUCAAAUGAAAUGCUAUUUGACUGGUGAAUAAAUCGAGUAAUAUGACGAGUAAUCGAGUAAAAUGAGCCGAUACCGAUAGUCACUUGAUAUGCUAAUAUCGGCCGAUAUUAUCGGCUGGCCGAUUCAUCGGUCGGGCUCUAGUUUUCAGGCUGCCAACCAACUUCAAACCUUUUUAUACCUCUCAGUCCUUUAGAUCCAUAAAAAUGAUUUAAAAUAAACAGAGCACAUGUUUAAAGAGCUGAAAGUCCUCUGAGGUCUAAUGUUCCCCUCGUGUCUGUUUCGUGGAGGUGGUCGAUCUUCAGGUCAUUGUUGCUAAAGAACUGGCACGAUGUUGUACUUUGUGUUUGCUGUCUGAAAAAAAAAACACUACUUUGGGAAACACUUAAUAAUAAUAAUAAUAAUAAUAAUAAUGGAUGAAGAAGACUAUGCUAGGUGUUCUCUGUAUUAUUUCUUUCGGUGCAACAGUGACAUGUGCUGUUUGAGUGAUUGUGUAAAAAUGUGCGUUCAUUCACGAUGCAGUACCAGACUGAGAUCUGCUUUAACCGACUUCUGAAUGGUUAUUUGGUCGGUGUGCAUUGACAGGUUGUGCCAUAAUAUUUAAGGAACACUACAUUUUGGAUAAAUCCGAGCACGUUUGUUGCUGCUGCCACAUCACACCAGAUUAAUGUGUGGCUACUCUGUGAAUCUGGGACGUUUUUAUGGCCGAGCUGAGCACUAUAGGAAUGAACCACAGCUAAUGCUAAUGCUAGCCUCAGCACCAAAAUUUCAAUUUCUAGAUGCAUAAUACUAAUGGAUCGAUUGUCUUAAAACGAAGAAUGGCCACCAAGAUGAUGGCUCCUUACUGGGAAUGUUAGACUGAGGACUCCACUAGUCCAUUUAGCUCAUGGGCUGCAUCUUAACUACAAACCAUUUCAUUUUAAAAACUGUCUUUUUAUCACAGAAAUGAGCACCGUAGCUCCCUUUAAAGGUGUAACAUGUAGAGUUUUUCCAGAAACUGACCCUUUGGGGCAGGGAGCGCUCCGUCCACUGGAGCAAAACUGUGGCGCCGACAGAACACAUCUGGCAUGUCAUGGGAAACUAUGAAUAGUCACAGCGCCUAAUUGGUGUUUGUUAUAUUUAACUCUUUCUAUGCUCUUAAAAUGUUUUAGCUGAAAGAAUUACAAAUACUAAAUAUAAGAUACAAAAACAACUUUUAGAGCGGCUAGUUUGCUUGAUGGUUCCUUACUUUUCAUUCUUAGUCCUGAGUGAGGCUAAACCUCCCAGAGCUAACACGACGCUAACCACGCUAGGUGAGUCUGACAUCAGCCUUUUUCUCCGGCGACAAACGAGUGGAUUUGCCAAACGUCAAAGUGUUCCUUUACGAUGACCAUCAUCCCACAGAUAAACAGAGAAUACUGCGAUAAGCAUGUAUGUGGGAUUGGUCAUCCAACGUGAGGUCUGACUCGUGCUGUGUGUGCAGGUGUUUUUAUGCAUACAGCUGUUGUGAUUGUACUCUUCUUUUCUCAUCUGACAUGGAACAUCUGACAUGCACAUUUGCCUUAUGUUGGAAGCAUUUGUGGUCAUAGUUUCCUUAAAAAAACACAGGGAAAGUUCAAUUCUGUGUUCCAGUGUUGAAGUACUGUCUAUGAAUAAAAUGUUCUACAGUUUUCUUAUGAA